AUUCCACUUGCUUUUGUAACACAUUUCAAACCACUUGACACAGAUGGAAGAAGUGCCUAAAGUUGGUCAGAAGAAGCCUCAUGUGGUGUUCAUACCAUUACCUGCGCAAAGCCACAUCAAGUGUAUGCUCAAGCUAGCCAGGCUUCUGCACCACAAGGGCCUCCUUGUUACCUUUAUCAACACCCAGUCAAACCAAAAGCGACUGGUAACAUCUGGUGGGACUAGCUGGCUCGAUGACGCUCCUGGUUUUCAAUUCUUAACAGUUCCUGAUGGACUUGCUUCUACAUCAGACAGCAUUGAUGAACCGCUGCAGUCCAUGGAACAAGUGGCAAGGUACUUGGCAGACAAUUUCUUGGAUUCCUUUCUUGACCUUGUGGCCGGGCUCAAUACUCCCGUCACUUGUAUUGUUUCUGACGGGUUCAUGACUUUCGCAAAAACACGUUAUGCGGGUGAGAAGCUCAGAGUUCCUAUCAUCCUUCACUGGACAUUUGCUGCUUGUGGUUUCAUAGGGUUUUACCAGGCAAAAGUUCUAAUGGAAAAAGGAGUUGUCCCACUUAAAGAUGAAAGUUAUUUGACAAAUGGAUACCUUGAUACCUUAGUAGAUAUUCCAGGAAUGAAUGGGAUACGUUUAAGGGAUCUACCGGAACAUAUCUUAGGUGUAGGGCCCAAAGCUCAUGCAUUAAAAUUCAUGGUAGAAACCGUAGUGGAGGCUGAUAAAGCUUCACAUAUGAUAUUUCAUACUUUUGAUGGAUUAGAGAGUAGUAUUAUCAGAGAGCUUAAAUCCAUGUUUCCUAAAAUCUACACGAUUGGGCCUUUGCAGUUGUUGCUAAAUCAGAUUAGAGCAAAAGGAUCCAACAAUUCGAAUUUCAGUGGUUAUAGUUUAUGGAAGGAAGAACCCGAGUGCCUCCAGUGGCUCCAGUCAAAGGAACCGAACUCUGUGGUGUAUGUCAACUUUGGAAGUUUGGCAGUGAUGUCUUUACAAGACUUGGUAGAAUUUGGUUGGGGACUUGUUAACAGUAACAGCUAUUUUCUUUGGAUUAUACGGGAUAAUUUGAUUGAUGGGAAGCCUGCGGUUUUGCCUCCAGAACUCGAGGAGGUGAUUAAAAGUAAAGGCUUUAUUGCAACCUGGUGUUCACAAGAAGAAGUCUUGAAUCACCAUUCGGUUGGUGGUUUCUUAACUCAUGGUGGGUGGGGUUCUGUCAUUGAGAGCUUGUCUGCUGGGGUGCCCAUGAUCUGUUGCCCAUUUUCAGGUGACCAACGGACUAAUUGUGCACAAAUGUGCAAGGAAUGGGAAGUUGGGAUGGAGAUUGGGAGGAAUGUGAAGAGAGAUGAAGUGGAGAAGCUUGUAAGGGAGUUAAUGGAUGGGGUUGAGGGUGUGAAAAUGAGAAAGAAGGCUAUAGAGUGUAAGAAAAUUGCGGAUAUCUCAACAAAACCUAAAGGCUCGUCAUCUAUUGAUAUUGAGGAACUUGUUGCUGAAAUCCGCAUGAUUUCAAGAAACUAAAUUCCCAUCUGAAUAUGGUUAGAGACUGUAAUAAUUGAAGAUUGUUUCGGUAAUCAAGAAUCAUCCGAGUCACGUAUUUGGGCCUCGGGCCUGUUUAUGUUUAUUUGUUUUUAUAUUAUUAGUAAUGGGUCAAACAAUAGAUUAUGUUAUGUAUUUAUUUGGGCCGUAGGCCACCUGAACGGGUCGAACGAUUGUGAAUAUGUCCAGUCCAUUAACAGCCGAUUAUGCAUAAGGAAGUUGGGCCAAGUAGCGAACCGGUGUGUCUCCAAUAACCGAAUGGCGGUUAUUCUGAAACGUCACCACUCUUUGAAACAACGUGACUAUUGGAAGACAUACCCCUUCAUCCCUAUAAAGUCGCUGCCUAACUUCCCUAUCAUUCGGUUGUUAUCGUAGUUAUCAGUUUGUAUUCGAACGUGGUAUUCAAGUUAUCAUAUUCAAAGUUUAGUGUCAA